AUGCGAGAAUCUCAUGAGUAUUUAUUUAAGCAAUUAGAUAAUGUAGGGGGAGGGAAUUCAGCACCAAUUCCAAUUGAGCCCCGUCGCCAUAGGUCUUGGAACUUCAGAUGGACCGUUGGUACCGGUCGCUGUACAAAAGGACAGGUAGGGAUCAACCUUGAUCAACCUUACCGGAUUGAUCCGCAAUUUCGAAAGAGAAAGAAAGUCUUUAACUCUAAUGGGAAAUGGUUUGACCCGCAAAGCCCGGCGGGAGAUAACUUACCAGGGCUCCACGCCCUGAAAACCGGGGCUGAACGCCCCGCAAUCGGAAAAGAAAAGGGUAGGGCUCCAUUGGGAUUUGGUGCAAAAGAUCUUCCCCCUACCUAUGGCGACGGGGCUCAAUUGGAAUUCGGUGCUGAAUUCCCUCCCCCUACCUAUAUGUUUAAUUUUUUUAAACAAAUAAACGCUACUUCGCCUACUAUUAAUUCUAAUUCCGAUGAAAUCAACAGUUUUAAUAAUGAUAUCAAACUGACUUUCCUUCCCACCUUAACAGCAAAUGAAAUCGUAAAAAUCACCAAUAAAUCUAAAACAUCCAAAAAAAUUAGAGCAAAAACAACCGUAUUUGAAUUACAGAGUCAUAUUGCGACUGGUGACACUGGGGCUCGUUCUCUUGAGGAUCCCGUCAUGAAUUCUUCUGGUAGUAGUCCUACUGUUAAUCCUAAUAAUAACGACAUGAAUAUAAUCGCUCGCCAACAAUUUAUUGAUUCGUUGGAACGAAUGGAUAAAAAAUUACAUGAUAUACUUGAAUCGACCGAAUAUCCAGGGACGUUUGCUGCUUAUCAAGAACUAAUUUACGAUUUUCAAAUAGUAAUUGAAUCGUAUCAUUCUGGGGCUCUUUCUCUUGAGGAUCCCGUCAUGAAUUCUUCUGGUAGUAGUUCUACUGCUAAUCCUAAUAAUGACUACAUGAAUAUAAUCGCUUGCCAACAAAGACAUAUUUGUUUGUUGGAACAAAUGAAUAAAAAUUUACGUGAUUUACUUGAUUCGACACAAUAUUAA